UCUGCACGGCUUCAGUGUUGGUGGAAUAUCAUCCUUAGCUUAUCGCUGUGAUCAUCAUCAAGUCAUUCAAGAUUGGCUGGUAUUGAUUAUUUGCUGGUGUUUUGUGUAGUACUGUGGACGGCACCAUAGUGAGAAUGGCUAUCGAUGGACUGGCUAUCACCUUCAAAUAUCAAUACACUGUGUAUUGAUACAUGUACAUGGCUUGAAAUUACAUGUGCUGGUAUUUUUGUCAUGAGGCUACACAAUACAAAGCAGGUUUGACAGGAGUAUUCACUUGUACAGCUGCCCAUCCAGUCACUACCUACAUGAAUCGUUGUGACAGUAGUCCAUAUCGGAUGAGGAAUUAUACAUUUCUCUGUGGGUGACAUCAGUGAUACUUCUUACCAUACAUUACUGAAGGAUUCAAAUAUCAUAUUCACAUUUGUGUAUUGGAUUUAAAGAUUUCCUACUCAAGGGAUUUUGCGUGAACAGGUGACGAAGGACUUCUGCCUUAUAGAGGAAACAUGGGAAAACAGAACAGUAAGCUGAAGCCAGAUGCCUUGGAGGACCUACGGCAAGAAACAGAGUUCAGCGACCAUGAACUACAGGAGUGGUAUAAGGGUUUUCUUAAGGACUGCCCCAGUGGCCAUUUGACUGUGGAAGAGUUCAAGAAGAUUUAUGGAAACUUCUUUCCGUAUGGUGAUGCAUCUAAAUUUGCGGAACAUGUUUUCAGGACCUUCGAUACAAAUGGUGACGGUACGAUAGAUUUCAGGGAGUUCAUCUGUGCAUUGAGUGUCACAAGUCGUGGAAAGUUAGAACAGAAACUACAGUGGGCUUUCAACAUGUACGAUUUGGAUGGUAACGGAUAUAUCUCCAAGGAUGAGAUGUUGGAGAUAGUAAGAGCUAUAUACAAGAUGGUUGGCACGGUGAUGAAAAUGCCUGAGGAUGAAUCUACACCUGAAAAGAGGACUGAAAAAAUAUUCAAACAAAUGGACAAAAACCUUGAUGGAAAGCUCUCCCUAACUGAGUUCAUUGAGGGAGCAAAAAGUGACCCCUCCAUUGUGCGGCUACUACAGUGUGACGGCAGUAAUGCAGCUCUCUGAGACGGGUGUUUUCUUUUGUUUCAUUUUUUAAAAAAGAAUAACUGUUUAUAUACUGAAUGAAAAGAUAUAUAUGAUGAUUGAUAUAUAUUUAAAUCUUUUAUGACUAAAUAUUGAGGAUGCAUUCAUUCAGACUUGGAUGUAGACCUUCCCAAAGCUGAUGAUGAUGAAGAAGAUGAUGUGAUGAAAGUGACAGUCAUUGCAUUACAGUCGCGGAUGAAAUGUGUCAGACCUCCUCCAUAUCAUCCAAGCUGUCAGUUAUUGCUUCAAAUUCAAUUUACCAUUCUUGGUUGUGCCUAUCGAGCAAUAUGUUGUGGGGAAGCUACUGGAGUGGAGAGAGGAGCUGUAUUGUGGCAGAGAUACCGUAUACCGUAGUCCACAUAAUUAUUGUGCCUGUACAUCUGCAUAACCCCACUCUCAAAAUCUCAACAAAUCAUUACCGCUAUCUCAAACAGUUUGUCGUGUCGCUGAGCCUGCUGUGUGAUCGCUGCUUCAAAAUAGCAUUGGUUUAAAAGUAACACCCAUGAUAAUGAACUUGUGAACCCACAGCUACUGCAAAACCAGGACCGUCACGUUCAGUGAAUGUCGUGUCCAGUGGAGAGAACAUGUGCAGCACGCACAGGGGUAAUUAGGUGGAAUACUGUCGAUAAUGAACGUCAAGUCAUUACCCAAGAUAAUUAACAAAUUAACAAUAAUAUGCAUACAUACUAAUAAUUAAUUUUUAAAAAAUCUGUUGAAACACCUGUCCUGAAGUCUAUUCCAAUAUUAUAGUAUAUGGAUUCAUUCGAAACGGCUUUAAACUUUGACUUUGUGUAUUGUUACCUCACUAGAAUUUGCUCAACACUCAUAAUAUGUGAGGCAUUUUGAAUGUAAUCUAGUUUCAAGCAAUAUCAACAAGAUUUUGUGUUAAAAAUGGUUAGGUUUGUUAUCUAGUGUGGUUAUCUCUAAUGGAACUUGGCAGUGAGGAGGGAUAUCUCGCGUGAAUCAAGCUCCAAGGUGUUGCUCCAGGAUCUGAAAUGUAAGGGGGAGAUUCGUAAGUUAGAAGGAUGAUCACAUAGUAUAGGCUUCUGGUAUAAAAGAAAUGCCUUGACAAAUAGCAUCAGAUAUUAGGUUUAUCAAUACUUUUUUGUUAUUGCAAGAUGAAUUGUACAUAUAUUUGAUAUGUUGAUUUAUUUUUACUUCAGUAAUUUCCAAGAUAUUGAAUCACAAUGUGUGGCUUUUUCGUUGUUUUGUACCAACACUUGAUGUACAUAUACAUCAUCUCCUAAUUGUGAGGAAUAUUACAAUGGCAAAUAUUGUGUGUUAUGUUUUAUAAAAUCACUAUCUUCUGCAUUGACUUCAUCACAAAUAUGUAUGUCAAAUUGUAUGUUUACAUAAAUUGGUCUCAAACUUGUCCUUAAAAUAAGAAGAGAUUUUAUAUUCUGGAUUUCAAAAUUUAUAUUCAGGUAAAAAAAAAUGGAUAAAACACAUUGUAAUUUUUUGGUAAAAAAUGUUUCUAAUUCAGGAAAAAUCCUGGCCUCUUGCCUGACUCAUGUUUGAAGGUACCAGAAGGCUUCCUUUUAAUGUGUUGUGCAAUUUGCAAAACCAGACAGGUGGUUAGAAAUUAAUGAGAUCAAGAGAUAGUAACAAUCAGAUAAGUGCAUAAGUACAUAAUGGAUAAGUUCAGAUUAAAGAUCAUUUGUAGAUCAAUUUCUAGUGAAAACUAGCACUGAUAGUGGAAGGAUUGCUGGGGGGUGGGGGGCAAUUAUGUUUUUGUUAUGUUGUAAUAUUUUGAAUUGUUUGUUUCUAUAAUAUAAAAGUACUAAAACCUAAGCUGUGAUGAUAUAGUUAGGGAGGGAAAUCGUGUAACCAUAAUAAUAGUAUAGAAAAUGUACCAUUUCCUCAUAUUCCGAUCUGUGAUAGGGUUUUAGCGACAAACUGUUGAUAGCAUUUAGGAAAUGUCCUAAUGAAAUCCUCAUUGUGGUAAGAUUGAUAAUUGAUCGAACUUGUACUAUUUAUAGGCUGCAGGGAGCACACAUAUGUACUGUAGACUGUGUACAUCCACUUGUCAUCAGCGUGUACAAAUAGCAGUUUUGUAUCGUCAUGGCACAACGCCACCUGUCAUUUACACAUUUACCUGUUUCUCACUCCUCUACGUUUAGAUUUAUUUCCUGUGUAAGUCUCUUGUGUUCCUACAACAGGAUAUAUACGUCAGGGAAUCGAGUGGAUUAAUUAGAGAGGUUUUUGUUUGGUUUCCUUGUUAAUCACCUGUAAUCUUGUGUCUGGUGCUGAAGUCCUAAUCUCCUCCGUCUGACAAGGCUUAUCUCUAGAUGUAUGGCUGCUGUAUGUUUUCAGGUACACCAUACAAAGAUAUUGCUUGAUGUUUGGCCUUUAGCUUUGUUUUACCCAAACCCAAGAUAGACACUUUAGCCAUCACCUAAUCACCCUGUACCUUGGCUGUUCUAUGGGAUUGUGUGGACAUGCAAUACCCCAUUAAUUACCUUUCUCUGUACCUUCGCUGUUCUAUGGGAUUGUGAGGACAAUACCCCAUUAAUGACCUUUCUCUGUACCUUGGCUGUUCUAUGGGAUUGUGUGGACACGCAAUACCCCAUUAAUUACCUUUCUCUGUACCUUCGCUGUUCUAUGGGAUUGUGUGGACAAUACCCCAUUAAUUACCUUUCUCUGUACCUUCGCUGUUCUAUGUGAUUGUGUGGACAGUACCCCAUUAAUUACCUUUCUCUGUACCUUCGCUGUUCUAUGGGAUUGUGUGGACAAUACCCCAUUGAUGACCUUUCUCAGACAAUAUCGAUCUUUUGAGUGCUUUUGUCAAUCCUCACUGUCCAGCCCAAAUAUUGGUUUUAUGUGAUAUUUCGCCAUCCUUUGUACAUCAAUAUUCAAUGAUUGGGGGCCAAUUGGUACCAUGAACAUUACUGCUGUUAGCUAGCAUGCUUUGUCUUUGUACCAAGUGUGGCAGGCUGAGAUAUAACCUGACAAAUGAAGGCAAUCCUUCUUGUCUUUGUAUCCAGCCACCACAAUGGGUGAUUGCUUGCAUUCAUUUAGCUUUGAGGCAAAGGCAUAAUAAGAGAAAAGUUGUUGCAUUUCCUAAAAAUGUUGUAAUGGCAUUGCUUAAUUUAUUGGCGUUCCCUGUCAAUAUUCAAACGCCAGGAAAUUAGUCCCUGAAUUAGAGCUCCAGGAGUAAGGCGGUUGUAAUGGAUUCAUUGGACAGGGAAAACGCACCACUUAUGGGGUAUAUUUGUCUGGGGAAGAUAAUUUCAACCCUACACAAGUGUUUGUACUGUAUAUGGUUUUGUUACCAGUACAUUUUUAACAUUUGAAGAUACUAAAGAUCAUACUCACAGUUGUACCAGACACUCCCAUUUAUAUACAUAUAUAUAUAUCUAUGUGGGUAUUGACAGUGUAAUACCUGUGUAUGUAUUGACAGUGUAAUACCUGUGUAGGUGUUGACAGUGUAAUAUCUGUGUAGGUGUUGACAGUGUAAUACCUGUGUAUGUAUUGACAGUGUAAUACCUGUGUAGGUGUUGACAGUGUAAUACCUGUGUAGGUGUUGACAGUGUAAUACCUGUGUAUGUAUUGACAGUGUAAUACCUGUAAAGGUGUUGACAGUGUAAUACCUGUAUACCAGUAUGUAUCGACAAUAUAAUACUAUGUAGGUAUCGACACUCCUACCACUGUACAUGUAUACAGACAAGAAACAGAAGACCUAUACUUGAGGUACACGAGGAGUAUGAGAGCUGUCAGCUGUAGUAACAGAGUUAUCUGACCUUGACUACUGUCACCACUGAUUGACAGCUGUUGGUGAGGAGGUACAUGUACACUGGACCAAUCCCAAACAGAUGGGUUGUUUUUCAUUAGCCCCUGUCACAUAUAUACAUUUUUCUGCGUCAUUUUCAGGUUACCAUACUUAUCCUAGGCUAUGUCUCUAGAUUAGACUGUUUAUAACGAGUUCAUGUCUGUCUUGGGUAAAAGAAGGAAUAAAAUAGAAACAAAAUUACAAGCUACCUCCUACCAGGUUAAGAAUUGAUGCCAUUAGGGGGUGUAGAUAUCCAGUUAUUUUGGGAGACUACAUGUAUACAGUAGCUUCUAUAUGUGUACUGAACAUCGGUGUAGCUGUCUGCAGUAUGUUUGUGUAGGUAAGAUCAGCAGUGUGCUGGAUACAAUUAACACUAGCAGGUUGGUUCUGCAUUAGACCAACACAAUAUUGUAAAGUUUGACAUUUUUAUGGGUAGUUCAGUGUAUCAAGUAAACUUUAAGGCAAAAACAGGUUUUCCAACAGGUCUUAUUGCUUUUAUUGCUUGAAGUUCUUGUCUUCAGGUAGUAAAAGUUUAAAUGAAGCCUUAAAACUAUAAAAUAUAACAUUCCAGAUUCAGUUAAGAAUGGCACUCGGGGUGAAAUUGACUGAUUGUUAUAAUUAGUCUUAGGUCUUAAUAAGCUUAUAUUUAAUUACAGGUCACAUUGUUAGUGAUUUUAUGGAGGAUUUUCUCACCUGGUUUUGUUUUGUAAAUAAUUUGGCUGUUAAAAAGUACCAGGUUGUAAGGACAUAGAAAUGUCUCAGUUUCGCUUGUCAUAGUCCUUAUCAUGUAGAUCUGAACAAGUGUAAAAUAAAAAUCUUGCCAUUGUUACUUAAUCUUAGCGGAACUGACUUAGGAGGAACCACCUGCCUAUACUACAUAUACUGUAUCAAAGUUUCUGAAACCAGAAUUUAAAACCCAACAUUGUAUUUUGAAUGUACAUGUAUUUUGAGUCGGUUGUGUAUGAUCUCUGUGCUGUGAAUUCAGCGGUACUUUAAUGUACAACUGACAACAUUUAAAACUAUCGCACUCUUACUUGUAUAUUCACUUUCUCAUUUGUUAUAUUUGCCAAAUGCAGGUGUACAUUUUUUUGUGUUUUCCUUUACAGAUUGUUGUUAAAUGUAGUAAGAUGUUUUUUUCAAGCACAAGAUAGUACUAGGGUUUUUUUUCAAGCACAAAAUAGUGUUAGCUUGUAGCGUCAGAAAGUGUCUAGCUUGGAGCGUCAGAAAAUGUCUAGCUUGUUGCUAAGAUAGCCAUUGCUGAAAGUUUUUGAACCCAGUUUUUUUUCACAUUGUUUAAUUAAUUUGGCUUGUGAAAUUUUUAUUUCAAUGUAGUCUAAAAUGCUUUGAAAAUGAAAAUAUAAAUAGUACUUGGUAGGCAUUGAAUAAAACGGAAAGAAAGACUAGCCUAGAAGAACGAAAGUAGCCAUUUGUAGCUUAGACAUGAAAGCCUUGGAUAUUAGUCAAAUGUAUUGGCAAAUUUUAUUUGAUUAUACCAUAAGGUAUCCAUGACAACAUGUAAAUAUUGACAUCAAGUUGUUCGACUUUUUCAUUCUUCACCAAUCAUUGCUGUUUGUUGUUCAUUAACUCUACUUCACAUAUUUCACCAUUCACCCUAUAUAUAUGAAUAUAUAUAUAUACCGGUAAUCCAAGCAAGGAGUGAGAAGAUGUACAUUUGUGUUUAUUAUCAUUGAAAAAUUUGUUCAAAAUUAAAUGUCUUGAUCUUAAUGUAUUUUAUGAAUUAAAGAACUUCCUUCCCAAA